CUUUAACCCCAGGGCAAUCUCCCUCUGGAGCUGCCGCUCUUCUCCCGCCUUCUCCCUCACCGAGCAUCGCUUAUACUGCUCGCAGGUCUGGAGUGUCGUCGUCGUUGUUGUCGCCGAUUCAUUUAUUUGAUUCUUCGGUCGCUUCCUCUCGCAAACGACGACAUCACACCAUGGCUACUGCUACUUCGUCCGCCACUAUGGCUGCUGCCGGCUUCGAGAAGAAGUCGACUGCCAAUACCGCCUCUCUACCUACUCCAGGAUCGGGCACAUUUCCUUCGGAGCUGCUGAGCCCCAUGGUCAGCACCCCGGCUGCUGCAUUCGUACGAAAAGAUGAUGCUCUGCGUACUCCAAUCACCCCACCUUCGGCUUAUCUCGACUUCCUCAAGAACUUCUCUCCAGCCGUUCAGAGUCCGGCCUCUGCUACCAGUGCGAAGUUCAGCUUUGGUGACAAGAGCUUCGACAGGCCUUUCGACAGAAGCAACUCAGAUCCAACUGGAACGAAGUCAAAUAUCACCCCACCAACAUCUCAGCCAUCUCUGUCUCGACAUACAUCCUACGAUUCGAAUGGAACAGACGCCAGCGCUGCAACAAUCAGCAGCGCCGUAGCAAGGUCCAACAAUGGCAAGCGUCCAGAGUCUCCUCGCGUUAUCAUCCCACCCUCGCCUUUCGCCAAACCAGCACCACGAUCAGCUCGCACACCACGACGACUGCACAUUCCCCAGUCACCCUUCUCACCAGCACUCGCAUCAGCACAAUCAGUACCAUCACCGUACAGCAACACACCCAUGAGCGCCGCACCAUGGAGCGCAUCAUUCUCCCCUCGCGAGCCUCACACAGAUAUUGGUGGGCCAUCUGGCAAAGUCCACGUCCGCCAUGUCGUUACACGCACAGUCACAUACUGCCGAACACCACUCGAUCCAGCACCGAAGGGCAAGAGAAGAAAGAUUGAAGCAGAAGACGAUGUCUCAUCAUCCAAAGCUUCGUCAGAAGAGCCGACUCCCUCAAUAAAGCAAGAACGAAUCGAGACGAUUGACGAAGAGUCGUCUGCGUCAGGCGAAGCAUCGGGAUCUGCCUCCGAGGCAUAGAAUGCUAUGAUAUGGCAUCGACUGCCACAUUCUCGACGCGAUCAUCAUCGCACCACGACGUUCGACUUCGCUUCUUCCCGACCACUACCACUACCUACCACGACUCUAAUGACUGUGCAAAAUUUCGACAUCACCAAAACGACGACAGAGCCAGCUACUGCAGCUGACAAAUGCGAAGCCCUUUGUGGCUCGCUGAUUUCUAUAUCUCAUUUGACGAAUGAACGACGACUUGAGAGAGGGAAACUUUUUACCACUCGAUUGUUUUUGCUGUGCUACGCCUUCUGAUCAGCCUGGCGCAGGAGAGGCGUACCGUUUGAAAACAAUGGAGUUGGGAGUUUCUCAUUCGCGGGAAUGAUUGGCCGCGAGUAUACAGAGCCCUAGAGGAGUUUUGCGAUGGAAUGGGUCUUUGUACUUACUGCUGCUUUUGUUUUUGUUCAGCCAUCAUCGCUUCGCGAAUAGUGAUAGCGACAGCCAUUUCUUUUAUAUUUCAAUCAAGCGAAUUGGAAGAGAUGUGGGAGAGAUGUGGGAGAGGGAAGGACGCAGAAAGAGGAAUAGCACGCAUGGUAGCUGACUGUGGAAUGCUACCUUCACAAUUCGAAUCAUUCAAAACAUGCCAGAUCUCUCCUGUUCACAUAUCUCGCUCAAUAGCAUGCGUCGGCA